AAAGUGUGGAACAUAACAUUGCAUGGUUGUUGUAGUGUGGUGAUUUAGAGAGACUGGUUACUGGUAUGAAUGAAAGGCAUGUCGAAUCCUCACAAGCCCCGGCUGGUUGGACGUGUCCCAGCAAACAGGGCUCUCACAACACGCCAGACGUCAUCGUCCAAGCUCAACGACAGCUUCAAGUACCGCGAGGCAGCCACCUAUCUCAUGGAGCUGCCCCCUUCCACCACCCCACAGGGGACGCAGCCCCCUGGUGCGCCCCUCAAGGGGACUCCUAGCUCGAUAGUGACAAAUGGAAAGCAUUCUGUGAACAUUGGGGGCUUUGCAGACGAUGCCAAAGGGGCGAAGGAUUCCAGCAACCAGCGUGAUGUGUUUUAUGUCGUUGGACUCCCUAUAUCAACUUGGUCGACCGGUGCCCAGUUUUUCUUCCUUAUGGGUUCAAUUUUCUUCUUUUUCAUCAUCUAUGGUUAUUGUCAGGAAUUAAUCUUCAGCUUUGAGGAGUUCAAGUCGUUUGGCUGGUAUCUAACUCUCACUCAGUUUGGUUGCUAUACAAUAUUUGGUCUCCUAGCAACCCAGGUACAGAGCGACAACCAAAGAAGAAUUCCCCUGAAGACGUACAUCCUGCUCUCGAUCCUGACUGUCACCACCAUGGGAAUGUCUAAUGCAUCAUUAGGCUAUCUCAACUACCCAACACAGGUCAUCUUCAAAUGCUGCAAACUUAUACCAGUCAUGUUGGGAGGUGUUCUUAUACAAGGAAAGCCAUAUGGUUUAACAGACACCUGUGCAGCCAUCUGUAUGAGUGUAGGUCUUAUCUUCUUUACGUUAGCUGACAGUACCGUCUCACCCAAGUUUGACAGGACGGGCAUUAUAUUGAUAUCUUUAGCAUUGUGUGCUGAUGCAAUUAUAGGCAACGUUCAAGAAAAGGCUAUGAAAGCACACAGAGCAUCAUCAUCAGAAGUAGUUUUAUAUUCUUAUUCUAUAGGUUUUGUCUUCAUCUUUGUAGGCCUUGUAGGUCAUGGUAGUUUUUUAGAGGCUUUCUGGUUUUGCUAUCAACAUCCAGUGAAGACGUAUGUUUACGCUGUUCUCUUCUCAUUAUCUGGGUAUUUGGGUAUUAUCUUCGUCCUGGCGAUGAUCAGGCAGUUUGGUGCAUUAAUCACAGUUACAGUAACCACAACUAGAAAAACUGUCACCAUGGUCUUGUCGUUCUUGCUGUUCAGUAAACCAUUUACAAUGCAAUACUUGUGGUCCGGAAUGCUUGUCAUCUUCGGUAUCUUCUUAAACGUCUACAGCAAGAACAAGGCCACCAUCAAUCACUGGUUUUCCAACAAAGUCAGGCAGUUGGUAAUACGGCUACAGCACCAACCCAAGUCAUAUCCUAGCGCAAUGACAGAGGUCUGAAUGCUUCAAGACUACAUGUAUAUUAAGAAGUGUGACAUGGGGCCUGUAACAUAAAGCACGGUACUUGAUCGUAAAACCAAAUUAUUACGCUUGAUUUACAUUGGGUGAUUUCAAGUCAGGGCCCUGUCUGACAAAGAGUUACGUUUGAUACGAUCACCACAACUAUGGAUGGCCAGCAAUGUCAACAUCUAAAAUCCAAAUUUGUUCAAAAUAUUUUCUAGAUAUGAAGUAUAUUCAUACAUUCAUUAUUUUCUGGAAGACUCAGUGUGUUCACCUCAUGUCUAGUCUUUUUGUUAAUGCCCACAAUCAUUAUAUUGAUUACCGGUAUUAUGGCAUAUGAACGCCAAGAUUGACUUGACCUGAAAUUUGCCAGGACCGCCAGGUGCAAUAAACAGGGUGAACACCCUACUCUUUGACGAAUAGUGUAUUGGUUUUAACC